CGCGGCGCGACGCGCGUGCCCUAGCACAAGUACUUCCCCAGCCGCCGCCAUCCCCGCGCAUCGCAAGGUAGAUCUGAUCCGGGCAACGGUAUCUGGGCCUGGCUUAGCGCGGCACAGCGAACGUCUGAUUCAACCUCAGGCCUCGGGCUCAGCGCCGACGGCUGCCCAUGACGCGGCGCUGCUGAUCGCGGGUGUCUCGGUAUCGACUCUCGCCCGCGUUUGCUUUGGUUUCGCUUCGUUGCAUGUAAAUCAACCUUCGCUCUGAGGCUUCCCAAGUCCAUCAUGACAGUCCCGCUGCACCCUGCGCUGCGUUCCGCCAUCAUCGCCGUGGCCGCUCCCCUUGGCUUGUAUUGCCUCUUCCUAGGCCUCGGCGUCAUUCCAUUCUUCCAGAGACACUUCCUGUAUGCACAUAAGAUUAAUACCCUGUGGUGGACCGAUAUCAACAAGCCAGAACAAUGGGGCUUUGCCACCAACCAAGUGACACCAUUUUCCCUAGACACGUCUGAUGGAGAGACCAUCUACGCCUGGCAUAUAUUGCCACUGCCCCUUUACCUGCAGAACGAGGCAUCCCUUGCCACUCAAGCGCCAGGUUUUUCAAAAGACUUCACUCAGACAGAGUCGUUUCGUUUACUCAAAGAGGACCCAGAAUCCCGCUUGGUUCUGUACUUCCAUGGCAACGCAGGCCACAUUGCCCAAGGCUUCCGACCCGAUAGUUACCACACCCUGACAGAUACCUCAUCCUACCACGUCAUCGCCAUCGACUAUCGUGGAUUUGGUCACUCCAGUGGAAGUCCGACUGAAGCUGGUGUCAUUCACGAUGCCUCUACACUCGUCGACUGGGCCGUCGGCGUUGCAGGCGUCCCUCCCAGCCGGAUUGUUCUACUCGGCCAAAGCCUAGGAACGGCCGUCGUCAGCGGCGUGGCCGAGAAGUACGCCCUACAAGGUGUCGAGUUCGCCGGCAUCACUCUCGUUGCGGGCUUCAGCGACUUGGCGUCCCUUCUCACUGGGUACCGCAUCCUGGGUGUCUUCCCCGUGCUGGCGCCGUUCCGUGUUUGGCCGUGGUUGGUGCGCUCGUUCAAUCACUUUGUUGUUGACAAAUGGCAUUCUGCCAAUCGUCUUGGCAACAUUGUCCGGCACACCAAGACCAGGCUCAGGAUCAACUUGGUCCACGCCAAGAAUGACGCGGAUAUCCCCUGGACCGAGGACAACAAACUAUUCCGAGCCGCAGCCAACGAGACAGUCGGCAUUCUCGACGAUGGCGAGUUUGAUGCCUGGAAGGAGCAGCGCACUGUCAGAAAAGGGAAGGACGCCUUUGUCACGACAUGGACUGCGGAGCCGAAUAUUAUUAUCCGACAGGAACUGUUUCCUUAUGGAGGUCAUAAUGACAUUAUGGGCUACGCGCCCGUUGCGCUCGCCAUCAUGAGAUCGUUUGAUCUGCAUGGUACUACUCACGCCGAUGCGUAGUGGUAAGAUAUAAACCAGGAUAGAAAUAGAAGCUCAGCGCAUUAUUUACCAGAGUCAUUGAUGAUUCAUGAAUUUAAGUACUAUUGCAAUACGUCCUAAGUAGGUGCAGAUUAUACUAUCUGAUUUGUUUGUAAGAUAAGGGAAUUAUUUCAUUUUUUUAAGGGAUGUUGUAAUUCAUAGAUAAAUAUCAGGGUC